CAACAACGAUGGCGCAAAGCAUCUUUGUACGCGGCUACCUCAUCGCCUACAACCUCGCCUCCUUCUUUGGCUGGGCCCUGAUCCUGAGCACGACGAUCAAGCACCUCGUGCUCGGUCCGCAGACAUUCAGUGCGCCCCAGCGGCUCGCCGGCGACAUUCUCGCCAGCCUGCGCCCCUUCCGAGCCUGGUUCCAGGAAAAGUACGCGAACCCGUACCUGCCUGCGUUUGCCCUCGAGCUCCUCGAGCGUGCAUCGCUGCUCCACCGGCAUGUCGGCGCCCUCGUCGCCCUCGUCCAGUCCUUUGCCGUCCUCGAGGUCCUCCACGCCGCCCUCGGCUGGGUCCGCAGCCCGGUCCCGACGACGGUUAUCCAGGUCGCUUCGCGCCUCUGGCUCGUCUGGGGCAUCUCGGAGCGAUACAGCGAGUCGGCCGGCAGUGCCUUUUACGCAUCCAUGGUCUUUGCGUGGAGCCUGACCGAGUGCGUGCGCUACUCCUUCUACGCAAAUAGCCUCAUGGGUUCCGAAAACGACGGUCUGCUCUGGGCCCGGUACACGCUCUUCUACGUCCUCUACCCGCUCGGCGCCGGCUCCGAGGCCAUGCUGAUGUUCCAGACCCUGCCCAAGGUGCUUCCCUGGAACGACCCCUCGGCCUGGUCCGCAGGAAACUACGCCAUCCUCUUUCUCUUUGUCAUCUGGUGGCCCGGCCUGUAUGUCAUGUACUCGCACAUGAUCCGCCAGCGCUCGCGCGCCCUCGGACGGGGCUUCUGGGGCAGCAAGCGCACCGAGGAGCGCAAAAAGGCCGCUGUGAUCAAGGAAGCCAGGCGGCGAGGCGCAAAGGACAUCGCAGACGCUUCUUGGGCCACGGGCGAGUCGAGCAGCAAGAAGGACAAGUGAUGGAAAAUUAGUGGAAUCUGUCUUCUUCGAGAUUGUAGGGGAGCGAAAAUUUAAUUGUCUUCAAUGUUUGUAAUGGGGGUAUUG